AGUGGGUGCCUAUUUAAGGGGCAGAGAGAAAAGGAUCCUUCCUGGACACUCAUUCAGUGGAAACACCGAGGACCAGUCAUAAAGCGUGAAGAAAGAUGAUGCUGAUGCUGAUAUUUCUCCUUUUCACCCUCCCAGUGACUGUCACUGCUGAGGAGCAUGGGACUAGAAAUUUUUCAGCCCUUCACCCCUCCCUGCUUACAAAGCCACACCGGGGGUCCUCAUUUUCUGGAGAAUAUGGCUACGGAGGGGGAACCAGCUUUACACUCUCUGGGAACCACAGAAGCGGCAGGUUAAAUGGAUUUCGAAUCCAUGAACAAUGUGGUGGGAUCAUCCAUGGCAUCCAGUUCCAGUAUGGCCAAGACUGGAGCCAACUGUAUGGCAUCAAAUCAGGACUGAGCCACGAGGUUUUCCUGAAUAAGGGGGAGAGAAUCACUCAAGUCCUGGGCAAAUACUACUCAUACUACAUCCAGCAACUGAUAUUCAUCACCAGCCAUAGACGUAUCUUCACUUUUGGGCAGCCAGGAGGCUACUCCUUCAAUGCUUCCCCUCAUUACCAGGGAGGAUUCCUGAACUACAUCAGUGGGCACCACAAUAGUUAUGGCAUCACUGGCAUUGGCUUUCACUGGAGUGAGCCCAGGCUUGUGAAGGCCUGAGAGGCAGACAGCACAUAGUGGAGGGAGGGGAAAAGCUCCAUAGCUCCUCAACCUAGCAGAGUCAUGGGAAUUUGGGGUGGGUGACAAAGUAUAUGUGUGACCAAACUAGCAGGAUACCCUUUGGGGAGGGCAGAGGAAGUCCCAUAUGGAGAUUAGAGGUAGAGAGGGAACUAGGGGAACAACAGGAAAGGGACCUGAGGACAAAUGGAGAGUCUGGAAGGGAGGGAAUAGGGAGGUGAAAGGGGAUUGUGGGGACAGAGCAGGAGAGAUAAGUAGAGGAGGAAGAGGGUGGAAGGGAGGGGAAGGAAGAAGAGAGAGGGAAGAGGGGAAGCAAGAGGAAGACAGAAUCCUGCAUUCAGUAAGAGGGAAAUCCUCUUCCAUCCUUGGGAAGAGACACAAAUAAAGGAAUAUUUCCAUUUUGCUGAUGGGAGAUGACAGGUGCUAGCUGGAGUGGUCCCUAGGGCUGGAGUUUGCAGAGAAGACUUGGCCUCUCCCUCUCUGCUAAAGCCCUAAGGUACUGAACACUUUGCCCUCUCCCAUUACCCUGCAGCCAAAACAAGUUUAACAUACUUUGAUCUGUAAUAAAUGGUCUUACUUGGUUACAUCAUACCUCCAUUCCAGGCACUGCUGGGUGCUGCUACUAUGUGUUCAUGAAUAAAUGAAGGCUGGUUCA